UGCUGAGCCCCGGAGGGCUCCCCUCCCCCGCGCCCGCCUGCCCGGGGCGCUUGCCUCUUUCCUCGCCCAUCCCUCCCUUUACCUGGCAGGAGCGGGACUGGACGCCAGCUUGCCUUGAGGUGGGGACUUUAAAGAUUUUGGUCAGUGGCAAACCGACCUAACCGGAUGGGGUCCCUUGGCUUCUCCCCCUCCCGUGUUGAGAAGGGGGUGAUCCUACCCCCACCCCACCCUCACACCCGCAUCGCCUGCAAAACCCUCCAGCCGCCCUGCCGCGGACAGACCAAGAGGCACCGGGCGUGUUGCACCGGGCAGGGAUGCGCAAUGGGCAGAGCUCUCCCACGCGCGACGACAGGGUGCCUGGCAUCGCCCCACACAAGAAGCAAGAGGCGGCGCCCGUUUCGGAAGGAACAAGGUGCCGGGCCCCCUCCCCGCCGGGCAGCUUUCAGACUCGCCUCUCCAAGGAAAAGUGGGCAGCCAUGAGCGUCGGAGGACUGACCCCCGAAAGAAAGGCCACCCCUGAAAUCCAGGCAAUCGCGGACCAGAUGAAGUCCCAGCUGGAAGGCGAGGUCAACGAGAACUUUGCCAUCUUCCAGGCCAUCUGCUACCGUUCGCAGGUCGUCGCGGGAGCCAACUUCUUCAUCAAGGUCCAGAUUGGGCAUGGGGUGACUGACUACGUCCACCUGCGCAUCUUCCAGGCCCUGCCGGUUUACGGGGGCCAGUGCAAGCUCUCCGGCUACCAAAUGCACAAGACCCGGGACGACCCCAUCAUCUACUUCUAGUCGAGCAGGGGGACUGCCAUGGCCAGCCGGCCAGAGGUACCCCCCCCCCAGAGCUUUUCUCUGAGGAUAUGGCUGCGCCUUUGGUGAAGCAGGCGGCGCUCCGCUGAUGCCACAGCGCCACAAUUAAAGACUAAACGGUGCACCAAGACUUGUGGUUUUUGCUGCCUAGCAUUAGAUCUUGAGCUGGUAGAGCUGAUCACUAGGCUUUUCCCAUAACGGCUGUUCUAAGGAGAGCCUUCGGAAGUCAGGGGAUUGACAAAGGUCCAACUGCAGGAUUAGUAAGUAAGAGCCACAAUUUUUUUAAAUUGCCUAAAAGCCCAGUCCAGCCCAGACUGAGCUUCCCCCUUUGGAUGUUUGCAGGAGCUGACCCAGCCACGACAUCAUUGGCCAUAUGUAUUCCUCGCCCAGUCCCUCGCUCCCUUAGGGGGAUCCACCUGGAGAUCUUCACAGCCUGUUCACCUUCUCACUCUAAGAGAUGGUUUGAAGUCAUCUGAAAAUCUGCCACCAAACAUCUCGUUCUUAAUUAAAAGCCCCUUAUGAGCAUCUUUAAAAGGAUCAAGCCUAGGGCAGAUCUCUGAUGACUCCCCCACACACAGAGAGAGAGCUCACACUCCCACCCUGCCAAAGAACUCUUAGCAUUUUCUCCAUUUUGCUUCAUGCUCUUCUGUUGAUCCGUAAAAGCACCUGCCCUCUUAUCUGAUGACUAGGUAGUUUGCUCAGGAGCCUUUCUGUGGUGAGGGACUUUUCUUACUGCAAUGCUGCAGAAAAUCUGGAUCCCGCCAUAGGGCUGAGCACAGGCUCUUUCAGUUGCUGCUAAGAACAGCGAUGCAGGUGGGCCACCUCUGGAUUUAGGGUGAGCCCCUGGCAUGAUCUCCUCUCCCCCCUGUUCUCUCCCACUCCCACCACAAGACUGGGCCUGGAAAGUCCCCAUUCUGGCUCCUCAAAUCCUUCUUCUGCAGCCCUUAUUGUCUGCUUGCAUCUCUUUUGGGCAAGGCCCGGGUCACCUUGGUUUUCCUGCUUUUCUAAAUGAGGCCUUCUGUUCCCUCACAGCCUUCCAGCUGAUGCUUGUAGGCACAAAUACUUAAAAUACGUCCUUUUAACUAAUGAAAAGUUACAGGUAUUACUGCCAUCAAAAAAUCUUGCAACUAUGAGAAGUUGCAGACAUUAGAAUAAAAAACUUAAAGUAUAAGCAGAAAUUAAAUCAGGUCAAAAUAAAGAAGCUUGUAGCCUAAAAGAGGCAAAUAUAAAACAAAAGACACAGAAUACAUCUCUUAAAACAUUCAAGUUCUUAAAAGUAAGAAUAUAUAAAUUAAAAAGCAUUUUGUUGUUUAGUCGUUAAGUCGUGUCCGACUCUUCGUCACCCCAUGAAACAGAGCACACCAAGACCCUCAUGUCUUCUAAUGCCUCCCAGUAUCCUUACUUAAAAAGCAUGGAAAAUAUAUAAGUUGUGGAAAGUAAAAAUAUAUAAAGUAAAAUGCAUUACUUAGUCUUAAGAAUGUUAUGAACAUACACAGAAAAAUAAUACAUUUUCUACAUUGCUCAACCAACCGUACUAAUUAAAGUCUA